AUGGCCCCCUCAGCGUCUCCCAGCUCCCCCGCAGAGCAGCUCAACAAGCCGCAAAGCAAAGCCAUCGCCAAUCCACGACGCCUCCUCAUUCUCACUCCAACGUCUCAAUCGGCCUCGAUUAUUCCUCCUCUCCUUCACUCGCUCACAGGCGUCCCGGUCACAGAACCCCCACAACAUGCAAUUACCUCCGACACAUCUGUUCAACCGCCGCUAGGGGAGCCCCAUACCUCAAUCAGUGACAUCGACGCAGAGGCAGAGGCAGAGGCAGAUAAAGAGGAAGAAACACUGGAGGAUACGAAUGUGGACACUACGACAUCUAUAUCUUUUGCGGGAUAUACCACCCAUGCUCCCCUCCGCCUCGAUACGAAAUAUUAUACUGCGGACAUCCCGCUGUGGGUGGAUGAGAUUCCUCUCACGAGCGAGGUUCCUAAAACCUCAACACCGGUACCAGCGACAGUGACAACGACAACAGAACAAAAUGCACCCUCCGUGCCAGGCCAAUGGCGCACCGAGUUUCUCAGCGAAGACGCCCAGAUCGUCCGGGAUGCACUUGGCGCACUGGUGGUUUGCGUACGGCGUCCAGAAGCUGCGCGGAUGGUACCCUCGUCGGGAGAUCGUCCCGGCACUGAUGCGGGUAUCUCUUCACGUGCAGAUGUGUGCGCCGUGUUGGAUUUGAUGCGCGAUGUGGGUGCAGUGAAGGGGUGUAUUGACGAAGAGCGAGGCGGGGCCGGAGAUGUGGUGGGGGUGUUUGUCUUGGUAGGGAAGAAAGGAUCACCGGUAACGAGGGACCAAGGGUCUUUAUCUUUCCCUUCCUUUUCACUUGCUGCGGGGGAGAGGGAUUCCGACAUGGACGGCAUUGGGAAUGCGAUUGGAGAUGGGGAGGAUGGGGGGGAUACGCCGUUGUCGGUGGGAUGGUGGGAAGAUCAGCUCUUUGAUUUGGGCCUAUUUGGAUGGGAGGUCGUCGAGUGGGAUCCAAUGGAACAGGGAGAGCAAGCUGAAGAGAGGACGAGGAAUCAAUUUGGGGAAUACGAAGGCAUGCCACGCAUCAAAGAAGUCCUCGAAACGCACGACUGGAGCACUCCCAGCGACAUGAACGAUCUCGACGACGCAGACUUUGAUUUUGACGACGAGAAUGACCUGGAAGAAGAGCUUCUUGGAUUCGGCCGACGAGGCCCAACGUCUGGAUUUGGGCAGGAAGUCCAAGAACUAGAGCGAGAAAUGAUGGGUUUGCGCAUGGCGAUUGAGCGCGGUGGCGGAGAUGGGAUUAGCGACGACGAAGAACCCGCGUUCGAUCACGACAAUGCCGAUGAGGAGGAGCGCAAGGUGGAAUCGAUUGAAGCUUUGAUGAUGCGAAUGCAGGCCAUUCGAGAUAUGGGGUCGGAUUUGCCCGAGGCGGAACGCAGGAGAUUUGCUGCAAAGGCUGUGUCGGAAAUUAUGCGAGAACUGUAA